UCUGCGUUUUGGGAAGAAACAAACUCAAAACACUGAGUAGUAGUGAAUGAGAGAGAGCAAAAUGAAUGAAAUGGAGGAGUUGUUCGGAGAAGCCAGAAGAGCAGCCGAUGAUUUGUACCAACUCCGAGACACGUAUUUUCCGGCGAAUCCAGCUGAAAAAAUCUCCGAACUGCAGCGGAAAUCAGAUCUCGCUCUCUCGCUCCUCGAUUCCCUUCCUCUUGAACAAAGGAGAUUACCAAUACAACGUAGGACUUAUGAAUUUUUGAGAGGAAAGAUACUGGAUGUAUUUCCUGAUUAUAGGAAAGAAGCAGAAGAUCAUCUCUCUAAAGCUGUUAAGUUGAAUCCAUCUCUUGCAGAUGCUUGGCUAUGUUUAGGUAACUGCAUUUGGAAGAAGGGAGAUCUAGCUUCAGCCAAAAACUGCUUCACUCUUGCACUCGGCAAGGGUUCAAACAAGGAGAUACUUUGUCAAUUAUCAAUGCUUGAAAGAAGGAUGGCUCCAGGUUCUGAAAAUCAAGCAGAAAUUGUUGAAGAAAGCAUCCAACAUGCCAAGGAAGCUAUUACUUUGGACGUCAAGGAUGGAAAUUCGUGGUACAACCUUGGAAAUGCUUGCCUCACAAGUUUUUUUGUGACUGGAGCAUGGGAUCAUAGCAAGCUUCUGCAAUCAUUAAAGGCGUACCAAAAUGCUGAAAAAGAUGAAAGGAUGAAAUCCAAUCCAGACCUGUAUUUCAACUGUGCCACUGUCAACAAAUAUCUAGAAAACUAUGAGAGAGCCCUUAGUGGCUUUGAAGCUGCUGCCUUAAAGGAUCCUGGUCUAAAUGCUGUUGAGGAGGUUCAAAAGAUUGUUGAUCUUCUCAACAAGUUAGAGAGCUUGUUGAAGGGCCAGGCUAGGGCUAAACGACAUGCGGCUUUAGCAUCCUCACGAGCUGCUGACAAUUUGAAUCCUUCGUACAAAAGAAUCACCAUAGAUAUUCUGUCAGAGGGUCUGAACAAAGCAGUAGCAAUUGUGGGAAAAGUUCUUCUGUUUGUUAAGCACGAGAGUGUUGCUCCAUUAUACUAUUUGGUAUGCGAUUCAAAUCAAAUAUGCUAUGUUCUCUCAGUGUAUGGCAUAAGCAAUGAUGCGAUUAAAGAAGGAGAUCAGCUAACGCUAUUGGAACCUUAUUACCGUCAUGUUGAUUUGUCAUGGAAGGGAAAGUCAGGGUUUGGUAUUUGCCAAGUGACAACAAUCUCAACCCAUUGCACCCAGUCUGAAUAGAAAACUCAUCCCUGCUCAGUUGCCAACCAGGAUGUCGAAACUGUUGCUUCCACCUUAUCUGCCCCACAAUUGCCUUCAGGAAGGAACAUUGUCAAGGACAAAGUGAAGCCACUGGACAAUGAAUCAAUGUCACUGAAAUGGACAAUUCUUGUUCCUUGUGGAAACUUGGUGGUUUGUCCAUGUAUUGCUGUAGAACAAUAUAUGACCACUAUAUAGCUACAUGAUAAAGUAGACCUGGAAAACCCCAAUUCCGAGAGGUUUCUUUGUAUUUGUAAUUACCUGUCUCAAAGUUCAUGCAUCAUUUACAUUUUGAGUC